AUGAAGGGUACACAGCACUUCAGUGGAAGCUUGAGCAGCCGAUCCAACCAAUUCAACGGAGUCACCAUCAAUGGAACCGCUCACUUUGUGAGUGAGAAAUCAAAAGGACAGGGUAAAUCGAGAGCGUUGGCACGCUUGUUGAGGGAAGAGGGCGCAGGACCAAGCCACGUGGGAGAACAUGGUGUUAUCAGAUCUAGAAUGAUCGAGGACCUGGGUUUGGAGAGCUGCCUCGAGUCACUUGCAUUCGAAGGAUUUGGGUACAAAGAGUCUAUUUUGGAUACGCAGACACAGGGCACUUGCGAAUGGUUAUUUCAGACACCUGAGUACCUGCGUUGGGUCGAAAAACGUGGUCUUCUCCUCGUCAGGGGCAACCCCGGCUCCGGGAAGUCCACGCUAUUGAAAUUCGUUGCGGGGAAGGAGUUCGGAGAAAGGGUCACGCCACAACAUGUAGUACUCCGUUUUCUUUUCCAUGGAAGUGGUAUUGCUCUUCAAAAGAACAUGGAAGGCUUUUUGCGCUCCCUUCUUCUUCAGUUGAUAGAGCAGGAUUCGACCUCCAAGUUGUCUUUUCAUGACUUUUGUCGCAAACGCAUGAUUGGGGAGUCCGCUGAACGAAGAAAGAGUGGCAGUCUCAGGUGGCAUCAAAAUGAGUUACAAAGCAUAUUUGAGAUGCUUAUACUUGAUGGUUCCAUUGGGAGUAAAACCUCAAUUUUCGUUGACGCUGUUGAUGAGUGCCUGGACCAAGAGAGGAGUCGGCUUAUCAGCUUUCUCCACAGAAUCAGAGGGAAGAAUGUGGAAAGAUCAGAUCGUCCAAGGAUUUUCCUCACCUGCCGUCUCUAUCCUGAUGAGAGCUUCAUGGUAGACUUUUACAUCCGCAUCGAGGAGAAAAAUCAACAUGACAUUCAGAAAUAUGUGGAGCAGGAGUUGCGCAUUACGGGAGAGGAAGAGUCGGAUAUAAUUGAGUUCAAGAACUCUCUUUUCAGCCAAACAGGUGGCUUGUUCCUCUGGGUUAUUCUAGUUGUCAAUCGUGUUCGUGAAAUGAGUGGCCAAGGGUUUUCCCUGAGAUACAUUGGUUCACAGAUUUUCAGCUGCCCAAGAGAAUUGAACGGACUCUACAAAGCUUUGCUUGAAAAUCUCAAAGACGAGGAACUGCUAGAAGCGGGAAGGCUAUUCCAGUGGAUACGCUUCUCCUGUCGACCAUUAUUCUUGGAGGAGAUGAGGAUUGCAAUGUCAAUUGAUCUUGGUGACCUUGCCGAACCAACCAAGGAGUUUGGAGACCGAGAACACCUGGCGAUCACUAUUAGUGACCAACAGAUGAGGAAACGGAUCUUACAUCUGGGAAAAGGUUUGAUCGAAGUUGCAGAUGCAGAAACGCCCCAUGCCCGAGCUCUUGUCGCAUUUCAUCAUGAAACGGUGAAGGAUUUCAUGGAUAAGUGUGGUUUAGAGUAUCUUAACUCCAGACUGAACGUGAGAGAAGGCCUGGAAAAGACAGCUCAUUCCCUCCUUGCCAAUACAUGCAUCUGUUACUUGUCGCUAGAAGAGAUAAAGUCGGCAUCGAUUGGGAAAAGUAGUGAAUUGCCAUCGAAAUUCAUAUUUCUGAACUAUGCAGCAAGGCACUGGCUCGAUCACGCCACUCAAGCAGAAGUGAAAGGAUUUGGAUGUUUUGUCAAUUGGCCAUCCCUAAGAACGGUUGAAUCCUGGUUAAGAGUUGGCAAAAUCAUCGAGAAUGAGACCAAAGAAGGUCGGGAAGCAGGAACUACCUUAAUGCACUUGGCAGCAGAGCACGGGCUGUUGAGUAUGGCAGAGAGAAUUAUGGGCUUGCCGAUCAGGAUAGGCACACUUGAAAACCUGUUGGGAUUGCCUGUGACUAGAAGCGUGGCUCUAGGGCUUGAGCAUAUUUGUUCACUGAUGCUGGUUCUCAUCAUGGGUGCGUUAGGAAGUGCCGAGCUACCCACAGUCCAGCCAUCGGAAAUCCGAUCACCGAGGACAAGGUCAGGUCAAAUAAUUUCAGACCACUUGGGAAAGUGGCUACAAGGGAUAUUGAACUGGGAUCGCAGCGAACAUCAGGAAGCAGUGGUCAGGAAAGUGAAUGUGCGAGGCAAAUCAGCUAUGCAUCGAGCAGCUGCUCAUGGACAACUUGAGAUGGUGAAAUUUCUUUGGUGCCACAAAGCUGACUUGGGUGUUAUUGAUGGAGAUGGUGAAACACCAAUGUUUGCAGCAUCAGAAGGUGGCCAUCUGGAGGUAGUCAAAUUCCUAUACGCCCGCGGAGCUGACACCGAUAUCAAUAUCCCUGACAACAAUCACCGGACACCGAUAUACGUUGCGUCACGUCAUGGAUAUCUUGAAGUGGUCAAGUUUCUUUACGAUCAUGGAGCAGAUAAGGACAUUCAUACAAAGACGGUUAAUGGGUGGACCCCGUUGGCUGUAGCAUCUGAUUCGGGUCACCUCGAAGUAGUUAGGUUUCUAUACGACCAUGGUGCAGAUACGGAUAUUCAUACCUCUACCAACAAUCAAUGGACACCAAUCUAUGCUGCGUCAUCUAAUGGCCACCUCGAAAUGGUCAAGUUCCUCUACGCCCACGGAGCGAAUGUUGACAUUCACACGCCUAACAAAGAUCAAAUGACACCAAUCUAUGCUGCGUCACUUAAUGGUCACCUGGAGGUAGUCAAGUUUCUCUAUGAGCAUGGAGCAGAUGCCGACAUUCAUACGCCUGAUACUGAUCAAUGGACACCAAUCUAUGCUGCGUCGUCUGGUGGACACCUCGAGGUGGUCAAGUUUCUCUUCGAGCAUGGAGCAGAUGUUGACAUUCACACGCCUAAUAAUGAUCAAUGGACACCGAUCAAUACUGCGUCACUCAAUGGCCACAUUGAGGUGGUCAAGUUUCUCUACGCUCAGGGAGCUGAUUUUGACAUUCAUACGCCUAACAAACAUCAAAUGACACCGAUCUAUUCUGCGUCACGUAAUGGCCACCUUGAGGUGGUCAGGUUUCUCCAUGAUCAUGGAGCAGAUACGGAUAUUCAUACGUCUAACAAAUAUCAAAUGACACCGAUCUAUGCUGCGUCAUUUAAUGGCUACCAUGAGGUGGUCAAGUUUCUCUUUGAGCAUGGAGCGGAUGUUGACAUUCAUACGUCUGAUACUGAUCAAUGGACAUCAAUCUAUGCUGCGUCAUCUAAUGGCCACCUCGAGGUCGUCAAGUUUCUCUUCGAGCAUGGAGCGGAUGUUGACAUUCAUACGCCUGAUACUGAUCAAUGGACACCAAUCUAUGCUGCGUCAUCUAAUGGCCACCUCGAGGUCGUCAAGUUUCUCUUCGAGCAUGGAGCGGAUGUUGACAUUCAUACGCCUGAUACUGAUCAAUGGACACCAAUCUAUGCUGCGUCAUCUAAUGGCCACCUCGAGGUCGUCAAGUUUCUCUUCGAGCAUGGAGCGGAUCUUGACAUUCAUACGUCUGAUAAUAAUCAAUGGACACCGAUCAAUGCUGCGUCACUUAAUGGCCACCUCGAGGUCGUCAAGUUUCUCUUCGAGCAUGGAGCGGAUGUUGACAUUCAUACGUCUGAUAAUAAUCAAUGGACACCGAUCAAUGCUGCGUCACUUAAUGGCCACCUCGAGGUGGUCAAGUUUCUCUUUGAGCAUGGAGCAGAUGCCGAAAUUCAUACGCCUGAUACUGAUCAAUGGACACCGAUCAAUGCUGCGUCAUCUAAUGGCCACCUCGAGGUGGUCGAGUUUCUCUUCGCCCACGGAGCGGAUGUUGAUAUUCACACGCCUAACAAAGAUCAAAUGACACCAAUCUACGCUGCGUCACUCAAUGGCCACAUUGAGGUGGUCAAGUUUCUCCAUGAUCAUGGAGCAGAUACGGAUAUUCAUACGUCUAACAAAUAUCAAUGGACACCGAUCAAUGCUGCGUCACUUAAUGGCCACCUCGAGGUGGUCAAGUUUCUCUUCGAGCAUGGAGCCGAUCUUGACAUUCAUGCGCCUGAUAAUAAUCAAUGGACACCGAUCAAUGCUGCGUCAUCUAAUGGCCACCUCGAGGUGGUCGAGUUUCUCUUCGAGCAUGGAGCGGAUCUUGACAUUCACACGCCUAACAAAGAUCAAAUGACACCAAUCUAUGCUGCGUCACUUAAUGGUCACCUCAAGGUGGUCAAGUUUCUCUUUGAGCAUGGAGCGGAUGUUGACAUUCACACGCCUAAUACUGAUCAAUGGACACCGAUCAAUGCUGCGUCACUUAAUGGUCACCUCAAGGUGGUCAAGUUUCUCUUCGAUCAUGGAGCGGAUGUUGACAUUCACACGCCUAAUAAACACAAAAUCACACCGAUCUAUGCUGCGUCACUCAAUGGCCACCUCGAAGUCGUCAAGUUUCUCUUCGAGCAUGGAGCGGAUCCUGACAUUCAUGCGCCUGAUAAUAAUGGAUUGGCACCGAUCAAUGCUGCGUCAUCUAAUGGCCACCUCGAGGUGGUCAAGUUUCUCUUUGAGCAUGGAGCGGAUGUUGACAUUCAUGCGCCUGAUAAUAAUCAAUGGACACCGAUCAAUGCUGCGUCACUUAAUGGCCACCUCGAGGUGGUCAAGUUUCUCUUCGAGCAUGGAGCGGAUCUUGACAUUCACACGCCUAAUAAUGAUCAAUGGACACCGAUCAAUACUGCGUCACUCAAUGGCCACAUUGAGGUGGUCAAGUUUCUCCAUGAUCAUGGAGCAGAUACGGAUAUUCAUACGUCUAACAAAUAUCAAUGGACACCGAUCUAUGCUGCGUCACUCAAUGGCCACCUCGAAGUCGUCAAGUUUCUCUUCGAGCAUGGAGCGGAUCCUGACAUUCAUGCGCCUGAUAAUAAUGGAUUGACACCGAUCAAUGCUGCGUCAUCUAAUGGCCACCUCGAGGUGGUCAAGUUUCUCUUUGAGCAUGGAGCGGAUGUUGACAUUCACACGCCUAAUAAACACAAAAUCACACCGAUCUAUGCUGCGUCACUUAAUGGCCACCUCGAGGUGGUCAAGUUUCUCUUCGAGCAUGGAGCGGAUCUUGACAUUCAUGCGCCUGAUAAUAAUGGAUUGACACCGAUCAAUGCUGCGUUAUCUAAUGGCCACCUCGAGGUGGUCGAGUUUCUCUUCGAUCAUGGAGCGGAUGUUGAUAUUCACACGCCUAACAAAGAUCAAAUGACACCAAUCUACGCUGCGUCACUCAAUGGCCACAUUGAGGUGGUCAAGUUUCUCUUCGAGCAUGGAGCGGAUGUUGACAUUCACACGCCUAAUACUGAUCAAUGGACACCGAUCAAUGCUGCGUCACUUAAUGGUCACCUCAAGGUGGUCAAGUUUCUCUUCGAUCAUGGAGCGAAUCUUGACAUUCAUGCGCCUGAUAAUAAUCAAUGGACACCGAUCAAUGCUGCGUCACUUAAUGGCCACCUCGAGGUGGUCAAGUUUCUCUUCGAGCAUGGAGCGGAUCUUGACAUUCACACGCCUAAUAAUGAUCAAUGGACACCGAUCAAUACUGCGUCACUCAAUGGCCACAUUGAGGUGGUCAAGUUUCUCUUCGAGCAUGGAGCGGAUGUUAACAUUCAUACGCCUAAUAAUAAUCAAUGGACACCGAUCAAUGCUGCGUCACUUAAUGGCCACCUCGAGGUGGUCAAGUUUCUCUUCGAGCAUGGAGCGGAUCUUGACAUUCAUGCGCCUGAUAAUAAUGGAUUGACACCGACCAAUGCUGCGUCAUCUAAUGGCCACCUCGAGGUGGUCAAGUUUCUCUAUGAGCAUGGAGCAGAUGCCGACAUUCAUACGCCUGAUACUGCUCAAUGGACACCGAUCAAUGCUGCGUCAUCUAAUGGCCACCUCGAGGUGGUCGAGUUUCUCUUCGCCCACGGAGCGGAUGUUGAUAUUCACACGCCUAACAAAGAUCAAAUGACACCAAUCAAUGCUGCGUCAUCUAAUGGCCACCUCGAGGUGGUCAAGUUUCUCUUUGAGCAUGGAGCGGAUGUUGACAUUCACACGCCUAAUAAACACAAAAUCACACCGAUCUAUGCUGCGUCACUCAAUGGCCACCUCGAAGUCGUCAAGUUUCUCUUCGAGCAUGGAGCGGAUGUUGACAUUCACACGCCUAAUAAACACAAAAUCACACCGAUCUAUGCUGCGUCACUCAAUGGCCACCUCGAAGUCGUCAAGUUUCUCUUCGAGCAUGGAGCGGAUCCUGACAUUCAUGCGCCUGAUAAUAAUGGAUUGACACCGAUCAAUGCUGCGUCACUUAAUGGCCACCUCGAGGUGGUCAAGUUUCUCUUCGAGCAUGGAGCAGAUGUUGACAUUCAUACGCCUAACAAAGAUCAAAUGACACCAAUCUACGCUGCGUCACUCAAUGGCCACCUCGAGGUAGUCAAGUUUCUCUAUGAGCAUGGAGCAGAUGCCGACAUUCAUACGCCUGAUACUGAUCAAUGGACACCGAUCAAUGCUGCGUCACUUAAUGGCCACCUCGAGGUGGUCAAGUUUCUCUUCGAGCAUGGAGCGGAUGUUAACAUUCAUACGCCUAAUAAUAAUCAAUGGACACCGAUCAAUGCUGCGUCAUCUAAUGGCCACCUCGAGGUGGUCGAGUUUCUCUUCGAGCAUGGAGCGGAUCUUGACAUUCACACGCCUAACAAAGAUCAAAUGACACCAAUCUAUGCUGCGUCACUCAAUGGCCACAUUGAGGUGGUCAAGUUUCUCUUCGAGCAUGGAGCGGAUGUUGACAUUCACACGCCUAACAAAGAUCAAUGGACACCGAUCAAUGCUGCGUCACUUAAUGGCCACCUCGAGGUGGUCAAGUUUCUCUUCGAGCAUGGAGCAGAUGUUGACAUUCAUACGCCUAACAAAGACCAAAUAACACCAAUCUAUGCUGCGUCAUCUUAUGGCCACCUCGAGGUGGUCGAGUUUCUCUACACCCACAGAGCGGAUGUCGACAUUCAUACAAAGAUGGUCAAUGGCUGGACCCCGUUGGCUGUAGCAUCGGAUUCAGCACAUCUCGAUGUCGUCACAUUUCUAUGCGACCAUGGAGCUAGCGUCGAAGCUGCGGACGCCUGUGGAAGAACGCCGCUUUCCCUCGCAUCUGCGAGAGGCCACGUGCAAAUCCUGCAUGAGCUUUAUUCUCGCGGCGCUGUGGUCGAUACGGAAGACCGGUAUGGGUCAACACCACUCUUUUUAGCUGUAAGAAACGGGCAUGAGAUGGCUGUUGAUUGGUUCCUUAACAUUCAGAGUAUCUCCCUCCAGUCGAAGGACGCUUUUGGUCACACUUUGCUCUGGUGGGCCAUGAGAUGUGGCAAACCCAAAGUUGUUGAUGCCCUCAUUCAAUUUGCUCAACUAAAAGGCAUCGAGCUUUACGAGGGCUAUACUGCUGUGGAACCUAGCUCGAUGUUGAUAGCGCCUCUCAUCAUUGUCUUAUUUGUCACUGUGACAACUUCGAUAUCUGCCUGGAGUGCUUUGAGAUGGGCGCACGUUGUCUGGAUGAUUCUCAUGAGUUAG